CGAAAAAUGUCCCAAAUAUCGUGAAAGCACGAACCCUAAAUCUCUUCCAAAAUUCAGAGAGCCAACAAGAGGAGAAGAAAUGCCGUUGCCGAGAUACCAGAUAAGGAAUGAGUAUAGCUUGGCCGAUCCCGAGCUCUAUAAAGCUUCUGAAAAGGAUGAUCCGGAGGCUUUACUUGAAGGCGUCGCCAUGGCUGGCCUUGUUGGUGUUUUGCGCCAGCUCGGUGACCUUGCCGAGUUUGCUGCUGAGAUAUUCCAUGACUUGCAUGAAGAGGUAAUGUCAACUGCUGCAAGGGGACGUCUAAUGGUUCGAGUUCGACAGCUUGAGGCGGAGUUGCCUUCUUUUGAAAAGCCAUUUUUAUCACAAACCGAUCAUUCAUUAUUCUUUACCAGUGAAGGUGUUAACUGGCACCCUAAUUUGCAGACUGAACAUAAUCUGAUAAGUAGCGGGGACUUACCUCGCUGCGUGUUGGAUUCUUAUGAGGAAUGUCGGGGCCCUCCACGGUUAUUCCUUUUGGACAAAUUUGAUGUUGCGGGUGCUGGCACAUGUUUAAAGCGUUACACUGAUCCAUCAUUCUUUAAAGCAGAAGCAACUUUCCCUGGAAUUGAACAUGAAGGUCAGAGGGAGAAGAAAGCCAGCAAAGUUAAGAAAAAAGGAUCACGCUGGAGGAAUGAAGCAACACCACAAUUUGCAAUGGCAUCACAUGCCAAAUUGCAUCAGCUGUUUUUGGAGGAGCGUAUUGAGAAUGCAGACAAUGACCCUGUCUGUCUUGUAAAACUAAAAAGAAGACAACUGAAUGAAUCUUCACUUGAUCCAAAAUCUGGGAAAAGCUACAUGGAGAAAUUCUUGGAGACUCCUUCCCCGGAGCAUAAAGCUGUUAACAAGACCACUGGUGUUCUACAACCUCUGAGGCUGACGUUGGAUCAUUCUAGUGAAUUGGAUCUUGAAACACAUGAGACUAAUACAGUGAGUCCCGUGAAAAAUUCUUCACUAGGAAAGGAAACCUCAAGUUCUUCGCCUACCGAGCUGGUCCUGAAACCUUCCAUGGAAGAGUUGAAUGGAGAAGUCAUUGACAGAGAGAUUAUGGAAGUGCCUGAACCAACAGGUAAUUUCUCAGAUAAAAUCCCUCUUCCCCAUCAUAAAGAUGCAGUUCAAAAGAAAAUCAUAGAUGGAGAAGGCAGAAAAGAUUCUGGUUCAGAUGGGGAUCAUUCUGACAAUAUGACCGGUGAGGUUGACAGUUACAUGGAUGCCCUUACAAGCAUGGACUAUGAAAUGGAUACAGACAAUGACAGUAGAUCUAAUAUUGACAGUGGCUCUGUAAAUGGUGUAAAAUGCCAAACAGGUUCUGAUGUAACUAAGGGAAAGCCUGAUGUCCAGGCUCGUUCAUCAGAUUCUCAAUUAGUUGGAAUCUCCUCUGAAUCAGAUGAUGGAAACAGUUCCUUCAAGAAAGGAAGAUCAAGUUUUUCCUACUCUGAUACCAUGGACAAUCUGGCUGAUGAUAUGGUGUCAGAUGUUGAUGUAGGAGCUGAAGUGUCCCCUUCUAUUAAAAACUUUGUUCCAGAGGUUGUCGAGGUAUCAUCCAUUCUGCUUCCUGCACAUUCAGAGAUGCAAUGUUCCAGUUCUGACAAGGUUUUGUCACCGAACGAAUGUGGGCCUCCUGAUCAUGGGGAAGUAUCUUCUAGUUCAUGUCAUGAAGAUUUUAAUUCCACACAUGUUAUGUUGAAUCAAGCCAACUCAAUGGAAGCUUCAUAUCAGGAAAAGCAACUUGAUGAAGUGCCCUCUAAUGUUGUUAAAACAGAUCCUGAUUUGUCAGACAGUGAUGAUGGAAAAUAUUUGGCAGGUUCUUCGGAAGUCACUGGUGCUGGUUCUUAUGAGAAACAGGAGAUUUCUUUGAUUCUUCUUUCUACUGACGAAAGCCUUCCAGUGGAUGAGCGGGACAACAGUUAUGCAAAUAUCUCUUCUGAUGCUUUGCCAUAUUUUUCAAACACUUUACAGUUUGCUCCUGAAAAGAGAAGUGGAAAUGAUCCUUUAGAUGUUCUUAAAACAGAUUGUACUAGAGAAAGUUGUGAUGAAAGUUCAGUCAACCAAAUAAUUGAUUCAUGGUAUCCCAUUACUUCACCAACGGAGGAGCAGCAUCCUUGUUCAAACUUGGCAGAAGUAGAAAGAGAUUCAGGUAUUACAAUACCACCUGAAGGUUCGGAUAUUAUGAAGGGUGGAAAUUUGGCUUCCAAGGCCAAUGAUGAUACCUUAGAAGCUGGCCAGAACUUGGAAUGUAUGAUUCCGAUGCUGGAUAAUUUAGAGUCUCGUUGCUUUAGUGAACAGAAAUUUUCAGACAUAUUACACAAUGAUCCUGAACUUGUGGCUGACCCAGUGGAGGUAGGGGCUUCAUUUCAUGAAAAGGAACAACAUAUUGAUCAGCUGUUUGAUGCUUCAGAGGCAGAAGAAACUAGGGAAUUUACCUGCAGUGUGGAUGCAGUGGAAGGAGAUGCUCUCAUUUGUGAUCUUCCAUCUCAUUGCUCUGAUAGUGUGGACACCAAGGAUGGUGUGUGCUUAGAUGAUCUGGCUACAGGAAAUGUUCAUGCUGAAAAUAUUGUAGUCUCUGCUGCUGCUGCUUGUGGUUCUGCAGAUUUCAAUGGUGCUGUUGGUACUACUUUUCAGACUUCAAAUUCAAUUUGUCCGGCAGCUGGAACUUUAAUGUAUUUGGAAGAGUCUCUUUCCGGUGAUGCAGAUCUCUGUCUAGAAGAAUUGAAACCUAAUGAGGUUAUUUCUCAAGGAUGUCUUGUAGAGCUAGAGACACAAGAAACAAAUCCAGCAGACAUAGUUUCAACUUCAUGCAAAUCAGUCUCUCGCAACACUUCCAAUUUAGAAGAUAUUCACUAUUUGUCUCUUGGUGAGCUUACCAAAAAUAGUUUGAAUGUCAUUAAUUUGACCACUAAACCAGCUUCUUUAGAAUUGAGCGAUCAAGAGUCAGAAUCAAAGGAUUUGAGUCGACUGAUGGAAAGUAGAGCAGAUCUGGUGUCUUCACCAACUCAUCACUUUUCGGAAAAAGAAACUUCUUUCAAGCAGUCCUCAGACUUCCCUACAAAUCAGCAUUAUAAGGGCAGCCUGCAUAUGGUUGAAGAUAAUUCAAAUAUCUCAAAUCUCUUGUCCAGCAAGGUACAAACUUAUGUUACACAUUCCACUGGAGGCUCUUCAAAUAAACCUUUAGAGUAUUUACAACUAUCAGGAGGGCAAGAUAAGCAAGAAAGAUACACAUCAGCUCCUAUUCACCCUGCCUACGACAUACUCCCUGAGGCAACAAAAGUUAGCAUGGAGGAAAUGCCACCAUUGCCCCCGCUUCCUCCAAUGCAAUGGAGGAUAGGCAGAAUUCAGCAUGUUUCUCCAGCUUCACAAAGAGAAUUGGUCGAACAGGGUCAAGGGUUAUUCCCCUUUAUAUCACAAAUUGGAACCGACAGGAAAGGUCAGUUUGGUUUAUCUGCAUUAGAGAAAGAAAAUAAGCAGCCUGGAAAUCCAUUUUUACCGGUAGUGGAUGGUGAAGAGUUGUCUGGUUGUGCAUCUAGUCAAUUGGCCGCUGAGUGCAUGCAGCCCCCUGAUCCUUAUUCGAUCCACCCACCAACAAUUGAUAGCAACAUUAAUAGCCAGUUCAAUGAUAUAUGUUUGGGUGGAAAACACUCAAACCCAUCUUUGCCCAUAAUAUCUAAUAGAAGCAUUGGAUAUGAUUCCAUUGCUAUGGAUGAUGAUAGGGUAGAAUCCAGUUACUCCCUGCUGAUUCCAGCUACUGAUACCACUUCUAGACAUAUUACUGUAUCUUCGCAUGAGAACAUAACACAACCUCCAGACCAAUUUGUACUGGAUAUAGGUUUGGAAGGUGGGGCAUAUCAGCACCCUGAGAAAAGUUUUGGGGAAGAACAGGGGUAUCUCCAUGAUAUCUCUGUGCCCCCACCAAUUAAGAGAGAGGAGCAGAUAUCAACCCAGAUAGUGGAUGAUCUUCCUAUAAAAGUAGUACAGUUUCCGACCAAGGUAGAGGAGCAGCAUCAGCAAGCUUUGGUAGUUUCAGAGGGAGAAUCAUCGCAGAUACCAGAUGCCAUUGUUAAGCAUGGUUUGGCUUCUGCAGAAGUAGAAAUUGCACAGUCAUCAAAUACAACUGUGCAGAAUGAUAUUUCAAUUUCAGAGGGAGAAGCAAUACGGCCAUCAAUUAUCCUUGCUGUAUCACCAGUUGAAGAUGAAAAUUCGAAUGGGAUUCCAAGUGUGAAGCUUCCACGACCUCGCAAUCCUCUCAUUGAUGCUGUUGUUGCUCAUGACAAAAGCAAGUUGAGGAAGGUAACCGAGCGGAUGCAGCCUCCAGUCAUUCCAAAGGUAGAUGAAAGGGACUCAUUGCUGGAACAGAUACGAACCAAGUCCUUCAACUUGAAGCCUGCUGUGGUUAGGCGACCCAGCAUUCAGGGUCCUAAAACCAACUUAAGACUAGCAGCAAUUUUGGAGAAAGCCAAUGCAAUGCGCCAGGCAUUGGCUGGAAGUGAUGAAGACGAAGAUGAUGAUGAUGAUGGUUGGAGUGACACUUGAAAAGGCACAGGCAAUGGCGCUUCUGUUUGGAUACUUGUUCAUAAUAUUCGUUUCUUCCAAUAUCUUAAAUUCUCCAUCUUGGUUAAUAGGAAAUAUAUGGAUGUGGUGUGUUCGGUGGUGUAUUCUUUCUUCAGCAUUCUCAUUCUGUCAAGUGUAUAGAAUUCUGCGCAUCCUUUUACCAUGUAUAUCUCAGCACUCAGCUUUGCUGUAUUAUACCAGAAUGAGUCUCAUGGUUCAUGACACAUGGGUCAGCAACAGCAUGUAAUCAAAUACUGUGUCACGAAUCCAGCGAUGCUAUACGAUUUUAUAUUACUUAAAGAUGCCGAAAUGUACGCCAUUGGAGGAUGGGUAUGUGACGAUAAAAUAAUACAGCAGGGAAAAGAAAGUGACUGCUACUGAAAGAGCAUCGUGGGUUUUAUAGUAAGCUUCUCUUUUUGGCAUGUUUGGUUCUUGGGGUUCAAUUUGGUGAUGCAUCUCUCAUUCGACAGCCACCGAAUGCGUAACUGGUUAGCUUAUCCUUGAUUUUGUCUUCUCAUUGCAUUUCCCUGAUGGUUUAGGCACAUCAAAACCAAGAAUAUGCAGUGUUUUCAUGCUUUACAUCAGCACUAGAUAAUUUAGUUUGGGUUUGUAUAAAUGGUCCAAGUAAAUGGGUAAAUAUGCACCGGCUAUUUGGUCCUGGCUGAGAGGCGUCACCAUUCGCUGUGGGGGAAAUUAAGCAGGCAUGCUGGUUUCAUUUUGAACUCAUUAGUCGGAGUGUCAUGUUGCUGCGGUAGUUAAAAUUACAACACAUAAUAUAACAAUGUCUGGUUGUGAUUGGCAUUGAAUUACAUAGGGAUGUACAUGUGAUUCAGAUUUAAUGGGGUUCGACCGAUCUGGUCUUAGAGUUAAUUUUUUUUAUAUAAAAAAAUGGACUCAAGUUGAGUUAUUUUGAGAAUGGGAUCGAAUUGAGUUUAGGGUAAAAAUCUCAAACUCGACCUGAUCCGA